UUCACACGCGGCCACCUUGAUUUUUUUAAAUUAUUUUUUUGAAGGCAGUUGAAGGUUAAUUGAUUUUGCAAGUGAAAAAUAAACAUUUUCGGAAGUUGUUGGCGCUAAUUUCUCUAUAAAACACCGGAUUUUCUUAUGGAUUAAAACUACUUCAAUCAAAUAAUUCAGGCGGCGGGAAUAUCAGAGAAAAAAGUGGGGGACCAAUUUCUGACGUUAUACGGUGGCAAGGAAGCUGUCAAUUGUCUCUUUACACUCGACUGAAUCCUAUCAACACCAUGAAAACCCGUGAUGCCGACCUCCGAGAUACGCUGUUUCCGCCCACCAAUCAAAUGGAAUGCCAAAAAGUGGGCGGCAAAAGCGAAACAUACUGGUCCAGCUAUGAGCAUGGUGGAUCAAAGAUUCAAGAAUGUCCUGAAGAUGCCGAAGACAUGCUACCACACAAAGAAAUGGGACAACUUACUUUUGAAGAAAAAAAAUUUCUUCUCGCCGUCGAGCGGGGCGAUGUCGCAACAGUAAGGAGGAUGCUACAAAGGGCGCGGGAUACAAGCUACAUCGAUGUCAAUUGUGUGGAUCCCCUGGGCCGUUCCGGACUCCUGAUGGCCAUUGACAACGAGAAUCUGGAGAUGGUCGAGCUUUUGAUUGAAUAUCGAGUUGAGACUAAGGAUGCUCUCCUUCACGCCAUAUCCGAGGAGUACGUCGAGGCCGUCGAAGUGCUGCUCGAUCACGAAGAAACUGUUCACAAAGAAGGAGAACCUCACAGUUGGGAGGCCUUACCACCCGAUACAGCAACUUUCACGCCAGACAUCACCCCAUUGAUCCUUGCCGCCCAUCGAGACAACUACGAGAUCAUCAAGAUUCUACUAGAUCGUGGAGCCAACCUUCCUGCGCCGCACGACGUCAGAUGCGGAUGUAUCGAUUGCGUGACAUCGAGGCAAGAAGAUAGUCUCCGUCACAGCCGAUCUCGAAUAAAUGCUUACCGAGCUCUGGCUAGUCCGUCACUCAUCUCUCUAUCGAGUAAAGAUCCCAUUCUGACAGCUUUCGAAUUAAGUUGGGAACUACGUAGACUCAGCUUCAUGGAACACGAAUUCAAAAGCGAAUACCAGGAACUGAGGAAACAAUGCCAAGAUUUUGCUACUGCGUUGCUUGAUCAUACGCGUAGCUCGUACGAGCUGGAAGUCAUGUUAAAUCAUGACCCUAAAGGUCCCGCCUUCGAACACGGAGAUCGGAUGAGCCUCAACCGACUGAAAUUGGCCAUCAAAUAUCGACAAAAAAAGUUCGUGGCGCAUCCAAACGUGCAACAACUUCUAGCUUCCAUAUGGUACGAAGGCCUGCCAGGCUUCCGGCGCAAAAACAUGAUAUUGCAGAGCUUAGAAGUCAUUCGAAUAGGAGUGCUCUUCCCACUUUUCUCCAUCCUCUAUAUUUUAUUUCCCCACUCACGUGCGGGGAAAACGUUGCGCAAACCGUUCAUCAAGUUCAUAUGCCACUCUGCUUCGUAUUUCACCUUUUUGUUCUUGCUGAUACUUGCUUCGCAACGUAUUGAAACGGUGUUUAAGAACUGGCUUGGGCGACUUCCAGGCUAUUUUGAACAAUGGAUUUCUGAUGACGUCACGACUAAAAGAGGAGCUCCCCCAACAAUGAUCGAAUGGCUGAUCUUAGCAUGGGUUUGCGGAUUAGUUUGGAGCGAAAUCAAACAGCUGUGGGACGAUGGGUUACAGGAAUAUGUCGGGGAUAUGUGGAACGUCAUUGAUUUUGUCACCAACGCCCUUUACGUGGCAACUGUCGCCUUACGCAUCGUAGCUUUCUUCCAAGUACAAAAGGAAAUGGCAAAAAACGCGAAUUCAGCCUCUUUACCUCGCGAACAAUGGGACACAUGGGAUCCGAUGCUUAUAUCAGAAGGCCUCUUUUCUGCAGCCAAUAUAUUCAGUUCUUUGAAGCUGGUCUACAUCUUUUCCGUCAACCCUUAUUUGGGACCGCUGCAAGUCUCCCUCAGCAGGAUGGUGAUGGAUAUUAUGAAAUUCUUCUUCCUCUACGUCUUGGUUCUUUUCGCGUUUUCCUGCGGCUUGAAUCAGCUCCUUUGGUAUUACGCUGACCUCGAAAAGCAAGCCUGUGACGCACCUAGGCAUGGCAAGUCGGAUCCGGACGCCUGUAUUGUGUGGAGGCGAUUUUCUAACUUGUUUGAAACAGCACAAACUCUGUUCUGGGCUGCAUUCGGCUUAAUAGAUCUUGACAAUUUCGAAUUGGUUGGCAUAAAAAGCUUCACGCGCUUUUGGGGUCUGCUGAUGUUUGGCUGUUACUCGGUCAUCAACAUCGUCGUUUUACUUAAUCUACUUAUCGCCAUGAUGAACCACUCUUAUCAAUUGAUCUCCGAACGGGCUGACACGGAAUGGAAAUUCGCUAGAAGCAAAUUGUGGAUCAGCUAUUUCGAAGAAGGAGGAACGGUCCCACCACCCUUCAACAUUAUUCCGACACCAAAAAGCGUGUGGUAUGUCAUCAAGUGGGCAUACUGCCAGUGCGUUGGGAAAACUGCUACACAUAAGAAAGAACACAUGAAGACCAUUCGGAAUAUUAUGAGGAAUCUGGUGCGUCGUUACGUGACAGUCGAGCAGCGCAAAUCAGACAACCAGGGCGUAACGGAAGACGAUGUCAACGAGAUAAAACAGGACAUCUCGGCCUUCCGCUGUGAGCUGAUCGAAGUGCUCAAGAAUUCGGGCAUGAAUACGUCGACAGCGACGGGCGUUGGGCAAGGUAUCUCCUUUGGGAGCAUCAGGGGGGGAAAGAAGAAUCGGCAAAAAGAGCGGCGAUUGAUGAAGGGCUUCAACUUGGCAAACGUCGGUGGCAGCGCCGGUCAACCAGGAUUGACUUCCAGUACGCCUUCCUUAGCAGGAUCGAGCACGGCCCCAGCCUUGGCCAACGCCUCUUCCCGAACGAGCAUGCAAACAUUGAACGAGACAAACGCCUUAGCUACCAUCGUCGCCACCGGUCAAUCCAACAACAAAGGCAAUCCGAUGCGAUCGCCCAUUACCAAACUAGCACAAUUAGCCCGUUUGGCGGGAGCGAAAAAAGCCGACUCAAAGAAACGAUGGGGUAACUUGAUUGAAGCUGCCAAAUCAGCAAAGGGAGUGGGCCGAAUGUGGACAAGGAGCCGAAGUCGCAGUGAAGAUUCCGUUUCUAGUGAUGGCAGUGGCGGAACCGCGGCUCAGACACCUGUCAAUACCGAAGGUUCCAAUCGCCGUGAGAAAUUCCUCAAAACACGAACCGGUCAUCCAGUCGUGCACGUGACUGAAAAUGAGCUUCCUGAAGUUUUGGAAGAAAGUUGUAUCGACUACGAACUCAGUGGUCGUAUGGGCAUUGAGACGGUAAACGGCAGUCACAGUCCCAGCUUCAGCAAUCCUCAUUUUCGACGAGCGUGCAGCGAGCCAGCCGAUCAAAUCACUCUGAUUUUAGAGGCAGAAUCUCCGAAUAUCGACAACAAGAUGGCGGACGACUGCGAGUUUGCUGCUUAUCCAUCAGCAGGGCAUUCGGCGAACACGGUAGAACCGUUGCGUUCUAAAAUCGAUGUCGAGCAGGCAACCAGCGCUGUUAGUUUGCGUUUUCGAAAAGGUGCCGACCUGACGUCACCCGUUUCGUUUAAAGGUUCAGUGACAUCAAGAGAUUGGAUGGCCGGCCAUAAUUUACCUGACAACCUUACUCUUCCGUUUGUGGAUGAUUCAACUGACACUAUCAUGUCGAGUGGUAGCCCUAUGGAAGUGGUUCUCAAAUCUGUAAAUGGGCUUUCACCUGGCAUUCACGACGGCGUGGCUUGUGAUGAUCCAAUUUGUAGUGCCCAGUCUUUAGAAAGUAGUUCCGGCGGUGGAUGGCUAUGAAAACAUAUAUAGACGCUCAUUUGAAAGAAUUUUAAGUUCACCAUAAUUUGUGCUACUUUCAUUCAUUUAUUUAUCUUUGGUCUGCUCUAUACGCAGAGAAGAUUUCAUCGUCAUCAUUUGUAAAAUGAAAACUUAAUAACGAUGAAAGAGUGCUAGUUGAUCGAAUGUUUGUUUCAGUAUUUUUCACGUGUAAUGGGCUUCUUCACACCAAAAUCGCCACUCUGCAGUAAUCACAUAGCAUGCUAUUGAUAAACAUAGAACGUAAAGGAGUGAAGAAACAGGUCAACCUCUAAAAAGUGUAGAUUUUCUUCUUCAAUUUCGAUUAGAUAUAUUUAACUCUUGGCGGCCAUGUAGAAACUAUUAUAUCUCUGCAUUAUUUUGUCCAUAUUCAGUAUUACAGUCACUGAAAGCAAACAGAAUACACUUUUUUUCGAUGGCUACAUUAUCGUAGC